CUAAACUCAUGACUCAUAUUCCUCCUCCCAAAGACAUAACCUUUUGAGGCUUUUGGGUGAUCCCACAAGAAAUAAAGCAAAAGAUAAGUGUAUUAGUAGGCAGCAAAUCUUGUGGUGGUUUCUAAACAUCUGCGUUUUGCUUCAAACUGAACAUCUUUCUUCUUCCUCUGCACCUAUGGAGUCUUUAUGGAUACCUUCUUCUUCCUCUUCUCUCCAGGGUGAGAAGCCUGUGACGGAGCACGGGAGUGUUAAUGGAGCAGACGAGGACUUCGAUGGAUGUUGCCGCCGUCAACCCGCUGGAAAGAAAAGGCGGCUCACGGCGGCACAAGUUGAGCUUCUUGAGAGAAGCUUCGAGGUGGAAAACAAGCUUGAUUCCGAGAGGAAGUUGCAACUAGCGAAACAACUGGGGCUACAGCCCCGGCAAGUUGCCAUUUGGUUUCAAAAUCGGCGUGCUCGAUCUAAGAACAAACAGCUCGAAAAGGACUAUGAUUCAUUGAGAGCUAGCUUUGAUAAGCUCAAGACUGACUUCCACGAUCUCAUCAAGGAGAAAGAUGGUUUGCAAAACGAGGUGCUAGCACUCAAAGAGAAGCUGUUUAUUAGGGAGAAAGGGACCGGGGAUUCAUCCGACUAUGGACCUCAAAACCUCAAUUCGGACACAGCAUCACAUGUGCCACUGCUGGCUUGUAAACAGGAAGAAGCUUGUUCAACUAAAACUGAUGUCUUCGAGACCGACAGCCCACAUUUCAAUGAGCCUGCAGAUUCGUCCAACGUUUUCGAACAUGAUCGAUCGGAAUUCUCACAAGAAGAAGAGGAUGAUCCCAACCUACCAUUGUUGUCCCCGAGAUUUUACUAUGAUGCACCUCUCGUUUCUUAUAACUUUUCGUUACCGGUGGAAGAUCAGUCGUUUUGGUCAUCACUUUACUAAGUCAAAUCUUUUACUAUGUUCUUAGUACUGCAUCUGAUUGUAAGCAAUAUUAAU